AUGCCGCCACUGCUAACGCGCCAUGUGGCCGCGAUAACUACUGCGAAAACAACCAUCGCCAGUGGCACAGCCGCAGUAACUAAUUAUCACAAUAAUAGAAACUACGAGGAUGCGGCGACAGCGGCAGCAGUAGCUGCUGCCGUGACGGCAGCCAUGACCGCAGCGGCGACCGCAAAAGAUUACUCACAACAAUUACCGCGCUAUUAUCAAGCGCCAACCGCUGUGGCGGCACGAGAUGUAGGCGGUGCAGAUAUGGGGGCUACGUCGAUAUACCGAAAUUAUUUUGAAAAUAGCAGCGUAGGCAGUGAUAAAAAUGGCGCAACGACAGUAAUUACGCCCGAUCCAAUGGCACAAUGGCGCAGCGCCGCUGGAAAGAGGCACGCGGCAAUGGCAACAGAUGAGGCGGCAAUGACAGCAGCUGGAUUUGUGCCAACAACAAUGACUGCUGCAGGCCAACACUAUGUUACCAGCUUGAAUGCAGCUGUGAGCGAUGCGCAUGGAGGCGGUGACUUUCCGGCAAACGGGGACGAGAAAGCAGACAGGGAAGAACGCGACGCGAAUGCGGAUGGCGUGGAUAGCUAUGCGUAUGCAGCGCCUGAAGGCAAAAUUGAUUACGAAAUCAAUGAAGAUAAUUACGCGAAUGGGGACGCUGGCGUUGGUGGUGAUGGUGGUGGGGUUGGCGAUGGUGUUAAAUUGCGCGCAGAUGACGCAUAUGAAAUGUACAGGUACGACAUGGGUGACUAUGCGGAGCAUAUGCAGCAAGCGCUGGCGGCUGGUGCGGCCAACAUGGAGGGGCAGCAAUAUGAAGCGACAGCUGAUGUUGACAGCAGCAAUCAGGGAGGCGGCAGUUAUUUUGAGGAGCGUUUGCCGGGCUAUGAAAAUUAUUUGGUGCCCACUUACCAGAUUGAACAAUUUUCCAAUUACCAUAAUCAAGAGGAGCAGCAGGGGCCGCACGGGCAGGAAGCGCUGCAAGUAGCACAGCAACCAAAGUCGGACGGACAGGGACACGAACAUGGGCGCGAGCAACCACAGUUGCGGCCAUUGGCCUUGUUCGAAAGCAGUGACGAUGUGGACAAGGCAGUGUUGCAGCAAUUUAAUAAAGUCGCGAAUAUCGGAAAUUAUGAAAAUGACAAGCGAAAAUUGCGUUACUACACAAAACAACCGCAACUACAGCAAGAACAGCAACAACAACAACAACAACAGCAACAACAGUUGCAAGCGCAGUACCAGCACCAGCAACAGCAACAGCAACUUCAACUGUCACAUCAGCUCCGGAAAAUUCCAGAUUUUAUGCAUUUUUCACUGCGUCAGCAUUUGCCGCGUCUCCAACAACACCCAGCAAAAGCAAUGCGCCCAAUUGACAAAGUCCCGCUAUCCGCGCUUCGCCGCCAGCAACAACAGUUACGGCAUCACAGGCGUGACACCACGUACUUGCCGUCGCUGCAGGUGAUUGGCAACGCAGGGCGGCUCAGCUUGUUGCCAACAUCGAAAAAUUUGCAUAUUGGCAGUGAUAUCAGCAGCAGUGGCAGCAACCAUAAUAACGGCGAGCCAAAUAACGGCAGCAUUCACAGCCGUUCGGGCAACAACAAAAGAAGCAUUCGAGAAAAUGUUGACGACACCUCGAACGCACCAUCCCUCUACCACUACGCACUCACACAAGCGCACGCCAACUUUUAUCCAAGACAUGUGUCACGGCUCGUCGAUGACAGCGUAAACGAAAUUGAUGACUCGCAUAACAAUAUCGACGACAAUGGCAGCGACAGCAGCAACGAUGGCACCAACCGCCGUGGCCACCACCAACACCACCACCUCAACCACCUUCACCACGACUACGCGUCAGUGUCACACCAUCAACCGUCAGUGCCAUACCAGCAGCAAGUCGGCACUUCGCAUUAUGCGCUGCCACCCAUUAAGAGCACUGUGCGGCAUACACCUGCCAGCUCGGCUGCACUUGCCGGCGUACCACUUGCACGUCACAUUGAGGUGACCAAGCACAUUCCCACCAUCGCGGAUUACGAACGCAUUCAAGUGCCCUACAACCAGACCAUACCCAUCCCCAUCCCGAAACCCAUUGUCACCGCCAUACCGCGUCCAUAUGCCAUUCGUGUGCCCGUCACGAAAACCGUGGCCGUGCCGAAAGUGCAGGAGGUGCGCAUACCGGUGGAGAAGGUGAAGCCCUUCCCAGUGGAACGGCCCGUGCCAUUUGUUGUGGAGCGUCGCGUUCCUUUUAUGGUUGAGAAGCAGGUGGCAAAGCCUGUCUACUAUCCCUACCCCGUUCAAGUGCCCAUCGUGAAGACAAUUGUGCACAAAGUGCCACGGCGUCAACACAGCUAUGCCACGUAUCAGCCACAUGCCAACUCUUAUUCACUCCCGUUAAGCCAAUACCACGUGCAACACCAACACUCGGGCACUCACGCGCUGCCUGCAUUGCACUAUACGCAAGCGGGCCAUUUGGGCUGA